AUGCUUCACUUCCGUCAGUCGGAUACUCAGUUCAUCAAGUACGUCCGCCGCCAAGCUCUAGCACAAAUACAUGAACCGGUAGUGUCGUGCCUCCUCGGCAAACUCUACAACAAGGAUGCAAUAAUAGAGUAUCUGCUAGACAAUAGCGCAUAUGGCGACGGAGAGGAGAUAUGUGGUCAUAUCAGGUCGCUCAAGGACGCCAAAACUUUGAAGCUCACCCCUAACACGAGCAAGAAAUCUUCGACGGCUGAGCCUUCACCAGACCGCGCGCAAUUUGUUUGCCCACUUACGCUCAGGGAGAUGAAUGGCGCACAGCCCUUCGUGUAUCUCUGGACCUGCGGCUGUGUCUUCUCGCAGGCCGGCCUGCGUGCUGUCACAAGCUCACCCUCGCCUCGAGAAGAUGCCGGCAAGCUCGAGAAUAAAGACAGUCCGGAAAGCAACGCACAGGAUAACAAUGAUUCUCUGGAUACCGACCCCGUAAAACCCACGUCGGGCGACCUCGACCUCUGUCCGCAAUGUGGUGCCAAGUACAGCCGCGCAGAGGACGUGCUCACGCUCAAUCCAGUGCCGAAGGAAGAGUCGAAAAUGUUCGACGCCAUGUUGAAGCGCCGCGCCGCAGAGCCUGCGAAGAAGGGCAAGAAGCGCAAAGGGGCCGUCAAGGCUGAGGCGGGUGCUGAGCCACCGACGAAGCAGAUGCACCCUUCCGCAUCGCCUGCGCCGAGCCUCAACCCGAGCAUCACGGCCGCGAGCAGAGCAGUCGCAGAGAGCCUUGCAAUAGAAGAGGCCAAGCGGAAGGCGACGAUGAGCCAGGCUGUCAAGUCGCUGUACGAGUCGAACAACACGAAAGAGACGUUCAUGACUAGGGGUACUUUUACGAGAUACGCGUAA